CUGACAGGGCCCCAGAGCCGGGGCUGCCUGUCUCUGCUUGCCUUGCGUUUGCGUCCCCCUACCCGCACAGUGCCACUGCCCACUGCCAUCUCGCUCGGCUUGCCUACCUGCUUUCUCUCCUUCUCCCUCUCUGUGUGGCCUGUGGCGUGUGGGGGAGAGCUGCGUUUGCAUGUUUUUCUUGGCCUCACGCUCGUUCCAUGUUUGAACACACACAUUGCACGCAGGUCGCAGGCACCUCCUCAGUCCUCCCCUUGCCCUUGGAACGAAUCGCCACUCUUCCUCGCUCUCUUCUCUUGGCUCCACCCCACCUCUGCGUGCCUCCCUUCAGCAAUGGAGGCGGCGCCUCCAUCUUCUUCCCCCUCCUCCCUGGCGGUGCUACUCAUGCUGCUGCUCAUCGUCUCCUCCCCUUGCAGCGCUCUCCUCUCUCCCAAGGGCGUCAAUCCUGAAGUGCAAGCUCUGAUGACGAUCAAGAACAUGCUCGAGGACCCCCGUGGUGUGCUCAAGAACUGGGACCAGAACUCCGUGGAUCCCUGCAGCUGGACCACCGUCAGCUGCUCGCUCGAGAAUUUCGUCACCAGACUGGAGGUCCCAGGCCAGAACCUCUCUGGCCUGCUGUCCCCAAGCUUAGGGAACCUGACCAAUCUAGAGACUCUUAGCAUGCAGAACAACAACAUCACCGGCCCAAUCCCCGCAGAGAUUGGCAAGCUUACAAAGCUCAAGACACUUGAUCUCUCUAGCAACCACCUGUAUGGUGGAAUCCCCACCUCUGUGGGCCACCUUGAGAGCCUGCAGUACCUGAGGCUCAACAACAACACCCUGUCUGGUCCAUUCCCUUCAGUAUCAGCUAAUUUGUCCCAGCUUGUUUUCCUAGACUUGUCAUAUAAUAACCUGAGUGGUCCAAUACCGGGAUCUUUGGCAAGAACAUUCAACAUAGUUGGGAAUCCUCUCAUCUGCGGCACCAACACCGAGAAAGAUUGCUAUGGGACUGCCCCGAUGCCAGUGUCCUACAACCUCAAUAGUUCACAGGGUGCUCUGCCACCGGCAAAAUCUAAAAGCCAUAAGUUUGCAAUUGCAUUUGGUACAGCAGUUGGUUGCAUCAGCUUCCUCUUCCUUGCUGCUGGAUUUCUGUUCUGGUGGAGGCAUCGUAGAAACCGGCAGAUCCUUUUUGAUGUCGAUGACCAACACAUGGAGAACGUUAGCCUUGGAAACGUGAAGAGGUUCCAGUUCAGGGAGCUCCAAUCUGUGACAGAAAAUUUCAGCAGCAAGAACAUACUAGGAAAAGGUGGCUUUGGAUACGUUUACAAAGGGCAGCUCCCUGAUGGAACUCUUGUGGCUGUGAAGCGACUGAAGGACGGCAAUGCUGCGGGCGGAGAGGCACAGUUUCAGACUGAGGUUGAGAUGAUCAGCUUGGCACUGCACAGAAAUCUUCUCAGGCUCUAUGGGUUCUGCAUGACCGCCACAGAGAGGUUGCUGGUCUAUCCAUACAUGUCAAAUGGAAGCGUUGCAUCGCGCCUGAAAGGGAAGCCACCUUUGGACUGGGUGACCAGGAAGAGGAUAGCUCUUGGCGCAGGGAGGGGGCUACUGUACCUGCAUGAACAGUGUGACCCCAAGAUCAUACACAGGGAUGUCAAAGCAGCCAACAUCCUUCUAGAUGACUACUGCGAGGCUAUUGUUGGUGACUUUGGGCUUGCUAAACUCCUCGAUCACCGGGAUUCGCAUGUCACCACUGCAGUGCGAGGCACUGUUGGUCACAUUGCGCCUGAGUACCUCUCCACUGGUCAAUCGUCCGAGAAGACCGACGUCUUCGGAUUUGGCAUCCUGCUACUGGAGCUGAUCACCGGUCAGACUGCACUAGAGUUUGGAAAGGCAGCAAACCAGAAGGGAGCCAUGCUUGAUUGGGUGAAGAAGAUGCACCAGGAGAAGAAGCUGGACGUGCUGGUGGAUAAGGGCCUGAGGGGCGGCUAUGACAGGAUCGAACUAGAGGAGAUGGUGCAGGUGGCAUUGUUGUGCACGCAGUACCUCCCUGGCCACCGGCCGAAGAUGUCGGAGGUGGUCCGGAUGCUGGAAGGUGAUGGGCUCGCAGAGCGGUGGGAGGCUUCACAGCGUGCGGACUCGCACAAGUUCAAGGUGCCUGACUUCACUUUCAGCCGCUGCUACUCCGACCUUACCGACGACUCGUCACUGCUGGUGCAGGCCGUCGAGCUGUCGGGCCCAAGAUGACACCACCACCACCACCACCACUAGUUUGCACUUGUACAGCAUAAAGACCGAGAAUCCUGUGUAGAUUGCCAGAUUGAGGAAUAAAAUGAGCCAUACUAGAAUAACUAUAGAUGUGUAUUAAAUGAACUGUACAAAAGAAGAGUGUAAGGUUUGUACUGAUUUAGAUAUUUACAGAAAUAAUAGUUGCGAGACAAUAAGAUCAAGUAAAAGAACUUUUUAUUGAA